AUGGGUGGUAGUCUAACUCAUUCCGACUUUCACUGGGUAUAUAACGAUGAGCCACAUACAACCCGUCGAAGAGAAAUGCUACAAAAAUAUCCCCAAAUCAAACAACUUAUGGGACAUGAUUGGCGUAUUGCUGCUCAAGUUGUUGUCACUGUAUUUAUUCAGAUCAUAAUGGCCAUUCUAGUUCGAGAUCUAGACUGGAAAUAUGUAUGGCUGUUAACAUAUAUCAUUAGUGGUACACUUAAUCAUUCACUUUCGAUUAGCUUUCAUGAAAUUGGUCAUAACUUAGCUUUUGGUAAUCUUAAACCUACGGCUAAUCGAAUACUUGGAUAUAUAGCUAAUUUACCAUUGUGUAUUCCGUCAUCUGUUACAUUUAAAAAAUAUCACAUCGAUCAUCACAAAUUUCAAGGCGAUGAUUUACUAGAUCCAGAUCUACCAACAUAUUUUGAAGUAUGGCUGUUUCGAUCGCCUAUUGGUAAAUUUUUCUAUAUUGUCGCACAACCAAUACUCUAUUCUGUACGACCACUUCUUCGUGUACCAAAGCCAGUAACAUUACUUGAAGCAAUCAAUCUUGUUAUUGAAUUGAUUUUUGAUGCAACUAUUUUUUACUUUCUGGGAUAUAAAUCAUUGGUUUAUUUAUUUUUUGGUACUGUACUUGGCCUUGGUUUUCAUCCAAUAUCUGGACACUUUUUAUCUGAACACUAUACAUUUGUCGAAGGCUAUGAAACUUAUUCGUACUAUGGGCCACUAAAUUAUUUGACAUAUAAUGUUGGUUAUCAUAAUGAACAUCAUGAUUUUCCUAAUAUUCCUGGUUAUGCAUUACCAAAAUUGAAGAAAAUUGCUCCGGACUAUUACGAUAAUUUGCCAUGUCACUAUUCAUGGAUUCGAGUGCUAUACAAUUUUAUAGUUGAUCCACGAUUAGGACCACAAUCUCGUAUUCGUCGUUCAGUACGUUCAGAUGCAUUAAAAUUAAAUAAUGCUAUUGACUUAAAAAACAAAUCGAAAGUAAACGAAGUCCUUCAUGAUGUUAUCGACAAUAACAACAAUACUCAUUCAUUGCCACACUUAUCGAAAGAAGAAAGAAAAUUACUUUAUGUUAAAAAGCAUUCGGGUAAAAAACAAACAGGAACAUCUUCAAAUAUCGAACAAACAUCGACAGUCAACACGAAUGGAGAUCAUCCAAAAACUGAAUAA